GUCCCACCGGAACUGGAUGGGCGGUGCUUAAAACGAAGCACACGCUCUUUACACUCGGUGAAAAGACUGUGCGUAAAGAAAGACGUUUUCCAGUGUGUCUUUCACCUUAUUGAUGAUUUAUGCAUGUAGAAGAUAUCCAGGACUGCGAAGGGGGCAACGCGAUUUCCAAACAUGGCACAUUUAACGGAAAACCCCGCAGACAAGGAACGAUUCAUCUGCGUUUAUCCCAUCUACAUCAAUAGUAAAAAAACUCUGGCUGAAGGACGACGAAUCCCUGCUGUGAAGGCAGUGGAGAACCCUUCGUGUACAGAGAUCCGUGAUGUGCUGACAGCCGCCGGCGUGAAUGUCCUGGUCGAGAACAAAAUGCAUCCCAGAGAGUGGAACCGCGACGUACAAUUUAAAGGGCGAGUCAGAGUUCAGUUGAAGCAAGCGGACGGCAGCUUGUGUCACAAUAAGUUCUCCUCACGUAAAGAUGUAAUGUUGUACGUCUCCGAGAUGAUCCCCAAGCUGAAGAGUCGCACGCAGAAGGGCGGCGGAGCCGAGAGCAGCUCACAGCAGAGUGAUGGUGGGAAAAAGACCAAGAAGAAGAAGAAGUGAAGCCUCUUCACCUUUUUAUUCUUUAGGUCUAUUUUGAGUGUCGAAAGGCGUUGAUGCUCUCCUUUUCUUUCUUUUUUUUUGGAAACUUUUACGUGGCCUGCAAAAGCAUUCCAUCCUGCCUCAGAACUUUGGUUUAGUUUAAAAGAGAAGACGUGAGACUGUCUUCAGAUUUUUGAUGAGAGGAAAAGAUGAAUGUUUAUGUGGCUCAGUUUUAAAAUGAUGAAAAUACAAAGUCUUCACAA